AUGACCCACAAGCAGAUCAGCACCGCUGAGGCGGAGCGCAUGAAUCUCGUGGCGCAAGAUGAGAUCUGGAAAUGCCGUCUGAAGGCUGAAAACGAAGCCAGGAAAAACUGGACCCAAAACUGGGGAUUUUUAACAACCCCCUUCGAGGAGCUGAUUGGCCAUGAAGAGCCACCUUCGACCCCAAAGCCCAGAAUCGAGCUCCCUGCCCAUUUCCACAUCCAGCCUGUGACUCCGGUGGAGAAAUACAUCAAGGUCCUCCCGUCCCCCCCAAUCCCAGAGACCACCCAAGGCUUCAUUGGCUGGAGAUCCACAAGGCCAGACCUCAACAGGCACCUGGACUACGACCGGGAGAUCCGGAGCUGCAAAGGGGCCUACGCACGGGAGCUGGGCUGGCCCAAGCAGGGCAUCUACUGA